ACUCCACUCCACUCCACCACACCUCCACCAUGGGCAAAAAGGUCAAGGUGACCCAGGGCAAUGCCGAAGACGUGCUCAAGGACGCCAAGAAGUUCAACAAGGCAUGCAAGAAGGCAUUCAAUGCGGCAGACUCGGACAAGUCGGGCGUGCUGGACCGCGGCGAGGUGCGCAAGGCAGUCAAUGACAUCUUUGAGCAGGCGGGCAUGCCUGCCCUCUCCAAGGCCCAGUUCAACGAGUAUUACGACGACAUCGACACCAACAACGACGGUGAGGUCGAUCUGCUCGAGUUCCGUGAGCUCGUCCGCCACGCCUUUGAGGCCGGCAUCGUUCUCUCGCACGACUCGGACUCGGAGUCGUCGGCGUCGGCCGCUGCUGUGGCCAAGGUCGCAAGCAAGGUCGCAAGCAAGGGCAAGAGCAAGGGCAAGGGCAAGGCGAGCAAGGGCAAGGCGAGCAAGGGCAAGGCCACGGGCAAGGGCAAGGCGAGCAAGGGCAAGGCCAAGGCGGCCAAGGCCAAGGGCAAGGCGGCCAAGGCCAAGGGCAAGGCGAGCAAGGGCAGCACGCCCGAGCACAUCCUCAACAACCCGAUGAAGCUGAAGAAGGUUUGCGCCAAGGCGUUCAAAAAGUACGACGCGGACAAGUCGGGCCACCUGUCUAAGAAGGAGAUCCGCAAGGCGGCCAACGCGGCGUGUGCCCAGCUCGGCCUCGACCCGAUGACGCCUGGCGAGUUCAAGGAUGUGUGGGAGGGCGUUGACACCGAUGCCGACGGGAAGGUCGAUCGCGACGAGUUCAAGAGCUUUAUGGUCAUGAUGCUCGAGGCCGGAGCCACCGUCUCGGUCUCGUCCACGUCAAGCUCGAGCUCGACGUCGAGCUCGGCAUCGGCCACCAGCUCGAGCUCAGCCUCGGGCACAUCAACUGCCAGCGGCUCGUCGGACAGCGGCUCGUCGGCAAGCUCGUCGACGUAAACCGCUAGCUCUUCCUCGGCUCGUACUUGAGCGAGAGCGCAUACUGAUCGUUCUCGUCGACAAGGGUGUGGCCCAGGAUCCAGCUUUGCAGGGCAGAUAGCGGCUCGAGUGCAUAUGGCAGCUGCUGGAACAUCUGAAUGCCCGAGAUGACGACGCCGAUGUGCCGCAGCUUGGUAAAGUUGACCAGCUCGUC